AUGCCUGGCUAUACCACCCCCGUCCAACGCCUCAUCAAGACCCACUUCACCCGCGAAGCUGUGAAGAAGCAGGACCGUGAGCAACGUGCUCAGCUCUUCUUUGGUCUGCCUGCCGAACUAAAAAUCAAUACCUUCGGCAACCUUUUUAACGGCAUUGAAAGGCCCCUCCCCGGUUGCCGAAUCGGCGGAGCGGGGCCCUACUUCGACUACACUCGACGUCGCACUCGAGAAACCACACAAUUCUUUGUGACGCCCCACGACCGGGCCAUCCUCUCCAGCGGCAGCCGAAGCACCGCCGCAACUUGGCUGGACACAUUCGCAGACUGGUACGACCGCAAUCUGGUCGUGCUGCUGCCGACAACACACCACGAUUGGGACCUCGACGGGGCCCAUGAACAACGAUUUCUCAGCCUCGCGCAGGCUGAAGCACAGGCACAAACGCCGGUGCUGACGCGAGCCUUCUGGCAGCAACUGUGCCCGAAAAUGGCCACGCGGCCAAGAUGGAUUCGACAUCUGGAGGUGCGCGUGAUGCGCGUGGAGCACUGCUGGGCCAUCAUACGGCCGGACCUGGCGGAGCAGGGGGAGAAUGGGAAGGACGCGUUCACGCUGGACAAGGUCCUCCAGCUGGCACCGAAGCUGGAAACACUAUACCUGCGCAUGCACGCGUGGCGGGUCUUCUUCCGCAUGCUGCUCGCGGUGAAACAGGCAGGCAAACGAGGUUGGCGAUGCCAACAGGGACUCAAGCUGAAGUUUGGGGUUAUGUGCGCCAGGGUGCACAAAGUGUGGACCGUGGAUGGCACGCCGGAAGGAAUGGAGGACGUAAUCUCGGACCUUUUGGGUUUUGUGCUGGGGCGUCCGUUGCCAGGUGGUGAGCGGCAUCACUACGACUGGCUCAGGUGCUGGGGGCUCGAGCUCGCCAGGCCAAUGGACGAGGAGUUCAGAGACAGGAUUGUUGGUUGGGUGGACUGUGCAGCGGAGAGAGGGGUGAAGGAGAUCAUGGUGGAGUCUGGGUCGAAGAGUUGGGAAACGGACACGAUCAUGGCUCUGGAUGAUUUUAGUUCGUACGCGGAGGAAUACUAG